CUUGCAUUUCUUUAAAUUAUGUAUACAGUGUCCGAGCCAACGUUGUUAGAAAGAAGACUGUGUGAGGCAUUUGAUGUAUUUGACAUUACAAGAAGUGGAGAAGUAGAUGUUAGAGACCUGGGAACUAUAAUCAGAGCAUUAGGAUGUGUCAUCACCGAAGCUGAGUUGCAAGAAAUACAAGUAGAAGUCGAGGACGUUGAGAAUAACUGUGUGCCGCUAAACAGAUUUGUAGAAUACAUGCGUAAAGCGAUUAAUGAACGCAAGUUUAAGCCAGCAGAUCCUGAAGAUUUGUUGAGAGCAUUUCAAUUAUUAGAUCCUGAAAAUCGCGGAUACAUUAUGAGAAAUGAUUUAGAAAAACCAAUAAUGGAAAUUGGAGAGCCAUUUACAAAAGAAGAAGUGGUCGACAUGAUGGCUGUAGCCUGUGACGCGGAAACUGGGAAAAUUAAUUACGAGCAUUAUAUCAACCUGCUAAUUGUGGAAUAAACGGAAAAAGAACACUCACGAUAUGUUCUAAUCCUUCUUGCACAGAGUGGUCUCUGGAAUACACCAU